AUGUCUGAAUUCGACCCGUUGACUUCCAACACUCGUCCAGCCACGGACGCCUUGAUCACCGUGAGAAUCAUCAAGUCAUUCCCUUACCGUAAUGUUAAGAAUUACGUGAUUCCCAAAAUCAACCUCAAAGAGACCACCCCCACCCAGCUUUUGGAACAGGUGAAGCAAGCCAUCAACACUCAGGGAUCGCUCAGGCCCUACCGUAACGUCGAAUACGACACGAUCAAGGUGUACUACCACCCUCAUGAAACGAAGUCGAUGAAUCUCGUCAUCAACUUCGAUGACGAUGACACCAAAGUGUUGACUUCUAAUGAUAAGAAAAACACCAAUUUAUGGGAUUUGGGUGUCACUAACGAAACCGAAUUAUCGGCGUUUGUUUGGGAAGACUACCAGGAGUAUAAGAAGAACCCCGAAGACAAGUGGAUUUAG